AUGGGCAAGAAGAAGACGGAAAUGGCAAUGAAGGCACGUACGGAGAUUGCUGAAUACAUAGCAUCAAAAAAGGCCGAUCGGGCUCGAAUACGGGUGGAGCACAUCAUUCUCGAGGAUCACUUGGUUGAAGCAUUCGAAAUAUUGGAGAUGUACUGCGAUCUUUUACUCGCCAGAUUCGGAUUGAUUGAACAAAUGAAAACACUCAAUGAUGGCCUUGCUGAAGCGGUCAUCAGCAUCAUGUGGGCAGCCCCAAGACUUGCCAAUGACGGGAAUUCAAGGUAUUUCACCAUAAGCGAUCGACUGACAAUCAAAUACGGAAAACCAUUCGCGGAGGCAGCCAGAGCAAAUCAGUUGGAGUUUCCUGCUAAAGUGGCUCCAAAACUUAUCAGCAAACUGAGUGUAGCUGCGCCACCAAAGUACAUGAUCGAGAUUGCUGCGAGCAUCGUCGUUCCAUUUACGCCAGAUCCAAAUGUCAUGAGAAAUGAUGAGGUGGCUCAGGCAGAAAAGAUGCUCAUUGACUUCAAGCAAGCUGGUACUACUACUAAUGUCACCGACGCAACACAACCAGUCAUACUUCCUGUUCCUUCAUCAGGAAGCAUUCCACCUGCUGCUCCUCCGAGUGACGGUGUGAACUAUGGAUGGAUUUAUUAUGGAUUGAAUGGAAAAAGCCUUACGUAUCCUACAUUGAGUCAAUGGGAUGUGCAAUCGGUGCCAGGAUUGCAUCGUCGAACGGGUUAUCCCUGCACCUGCCCCGGUUGCUUACUUGGUCACAACAUCUGGGCCACCGCAGCCGGGGCUGGUGUCAUACCACAGUUCGCCGGUGCACUCCUGGCACCGACUGCACAUCCUGUCCCAUCUGCCCCUCCUCCUAACACAUACUAA